ACACACACACGCACAGACGUGCACACGCACUGACAUACCUACACACAGACAUACGCACACGUGUCUGGUGGGACAGGCGACAGCCGCGUGGCGGCUGGACGCCGGGAGGACGCCCGCCAGAGAAGGCCGGCCGACCUUGGUGACGGGGGCCCUCCGAGAGCCGACCGGAAGACCCGGUGCGGAUGUAAGCCGGAACACUCGGGUCACGGUGUCCCGCGCCGCCAGUCGAGCGGAGACCGGACGGUAGAGCGGGUCACGGUGUCCCGCGCCGCCAGUCGAGCGGAGACCGGACGGUACAGUGGGUCACGGCGUCCCGCGCCGCCAGUCGAGCGGAGACCGGACGGUAGAGCGGGUCACGGUGUCCCGCGCCGCCAGUCGAGCGGAGACCGGACGGUACAGCGGGUCACGGUGUCCCGCACCGCCAGUCGAGCGGAGACCGGACGGUAGAGCGGGUCACGGCGUCCCGCACCGCCAGUCGAGCGGAGACCGGACGGUACAGCGGGUCACGGUGUCCCGCACCGCCAGUCGAGCAGAGACCAGACGGUAGAGCGAGACGCCAGCGAGAGAGCUCGGACGCCGCGGCCGAGCGAUGCCCGUGCUUCACCUGCAAGGGACGACAUGUCGGCGAAUAGGGGACGGGCUCGGAUGGAGCCGGCACGUGGCAACAGACAAGGCUCACUUCACCGCAGCCGCCGGCCAGAGCAGGGCCGGCUCGAUCACCGACAAGUGUCAGCUGAGUCCGUACGCUCGGCUGAUGGACCAGCUGUGCUCUGACGAGCGGCUGGCACAGGAGCGCGCCGCCGGCACGAGAGUCGGCCUCUACCGCCUCUACGGAGACCUGGGCACAGGCAACUUUUCUCGAGUCAAACUCGCUGUGCACCAACUCACGGCAGACCGCGUGGCCGUGAAAAUCGUCGAUAAAGCAAAGCUGGACUACAGGACCCACGCCAUGUUGGCUGAGGAGAUCGAGAACAUGGAGCGGCUUCAUCAUCCCCACAUAGUAAGGCUGUACGAGGUGCUGGAGACGCCGCAGCGGUACCACCUGGUGCUGGAGUACGCCGCCGGUGGUAACCUGCACCAGCUCAUCACCGCCGAGGGCAGACUGGGCGACAGACGGGCCCGCGCCCUGGCCGUCCAGCUGGUGUCGGCCCUCCAGCACAUGCACGACCAGAACCUGGUACACCGCGACGUCAAAGCCGACAACGUGUUCCUUACGCGACGCGGCCGCGCCAAGCUGGGUGACCUGGGCUUCAGCACGCGCGUCACCAGCGCCACCCAGCAGCUGACGUCGUUCUGCGGCUCGCCGCCGUACGCCGCGCCCGAGCUGCUGGAGGCGGCCAGCUACACCGGCCCCGCCGUCGACAUGUGGGCUCUGGGCGUGCUGCUGUUCUUCGCGGGCGAGGAGUCCGACGCGGACUCGCCAGCUGCCCACCUGAAGACACUACCCGGGAGGGUCAAAGGCUGCGUCAUCGCCUGA